UUUAGGCCUCAGUGGGUCAAAGAGCUUCAAGAAUGGCCAGAAGUGAAAGAAAGUGCUGUGUCUAGGAUAGAGUGCAGAGCAGAGACUUUGCUGCACCCAGGUCAUGCCACUGCCACUGUAACAUCUGCAUUUCUAGAGAAUGAAUAUCAAGCUGACAAGAAUGGUGUUAUUUUCUUCAGGGCUGGUUCUCAGCAGUAUAAGUUAGACUUUGCAGACAUGGUCCAAACAAAUGUGCUCUUUAAAACUCAAAGAAGUGUUAUUCGACUGCCUAAAGAGUCUGAAGAUGGACAAGAUGGAAGCCAAAACAUGACUCUAUCACAUCCUGUCUAUCCUCCACAGUGGGACCAAACUGCACUACCUGAUAUUGGGUACAAGUUGAUACAGCUCAGCACUGAUUCCCAAGAAUAUAUAAAAAUCAAGAGGCUGUUUGAGAAGACAAUGAAAAAUUACUGCAUCAACCAACUGCAGAGGAUUCAGAACCCAACACUUUGGGACAUUUUUCAGUGGCAAAAAGAAAAGAUGAAGAAGCUCCAUCAAUUGAAAGGGGUGAAUGAGAGGCUCCUGUUCCAUGGCACAAAUCCAUCCCAUGUGUCUGCCAUCUGUGAGCAGAACUUUGACUGGAGACUCUGUGGGACUCAUGGGACAAUGUAUGGAAAAGGAAGCUACUUUGCCAGAGAUGCCAGCUAUUCCCAUGAGUACUGCUCCUCUCUCGGUGGGCGCUACAGCAUGUUCGUAGCUCAGGUUCUCGUUGGAGACUUUGUGCGGGGGAACCCUGAGUACUGCCGCCCUCCACCCAGAGACAAAAACUCAAACAGACUUUAUGACAGCUGCGUGGAUGACCCCACAGACCCUUCCAUCUUUGUCAUCUUUGAGAAGCAACAAAUUUACCCUGCCUAUAUCUUGGAGUACAGCCUUGAGACCAGCUGUGUGGUCCUGUAAUGA